GACCAGGAUAGAGUCUGUGACCCCGACAAGACAAAUUACCUUUUUACAGGUUUUCGGGUAGAAAGACAAAUCGUUAUACGUGAGAGCAUUACCCAUCAAACUCACUUAAUAGUAUGUAAGGAGGGGCGAGUGGUUUCAGAUAUCAUUGCCCCCCUGGAAGAUGAUUUCUCCUCUAGCAGUGUUCCCUGGGCAAAAACUAUUUGCAAUCAAAGUGGGACAAAUUGCUACAAAAUAUCUCGCCGUAAAACAUUUGCCCUUCGAGACUUGGCUGUCUUCUUCCCAAACAAACUAAUUGGCGGGGUUUUCAAGGAACAUCCAGGAAGAAGCUAUAAACUUCACACAUUUGACGAAGAUGAUUCAAAUUUCUAUCCACUUGCACCGCUCAUGUCCUCGAAUGUCCUUAAUCAAUGGAUUGAGGUGGCCUAUAAUGGUGUCAUGGUAUACCAUAUCCCGCUCUUUCAUUCACUUGAGGAAAGUGCAAAGAGACCCAAUAAAAGUGACCGUCCCUCAUGGUUUACAUAUAUUUCACCUAACGAAAAGUACACCUAC